AUGGUCCUCACAACUCGUCCAACAAAUGCUUCACGGCAUCCUGGUGCAAUCAUCCUGGUGAAUACCCGUAAAAGACGCUCCAAAGCUGAAAUGGUCGAAGAGAAACAGGUCGCUGAUGCCGCUGCUGCCGCAUCUGCUGAAGAGAGAAGCAAUGUAAUCAGCAAGAUCGCAAUGCUAGAAAAGCGGCUCAACAACGAGGAGCGUGUCAAGCAACAGCAGGUGGCUCGGCCCCAAGGCCGUCUUGCCGAUUCAAACCCAUCCCGGCCCGCAAAUCAAUCAGCGAUAGUUCAGACACAUCGAGAUGACCAAGCCAUAGACGAGAACAAUCAGCAGAGCGAUGAGGAUGUGGCGCUGAUCACUCACAAGCGCGUGAAAGCUCCAACAAAGAUCAGUCGAGCUGAUAUUCAAGCAGCUACUGAUCGGCCCCUUGUUGCUUUGGCCAAUCCAAGCACAAAAUUGAGAUCUAAUGCUGAUAAGAACAUCGUCUCAACGGGGAAGAGAGGGGCCAGUGCAGUUAGUACUAGAGACAAUGAACGUGUUGUAAAGAAGGCUAAACCGGCACAUCCCUCAGGGCUCAAGGGGAGCUGGUGUGACCAGUCGAAAGUGGGACUCACGAGACCGAAAACAGCUGACACCACCAAGAAGUCUCCGACCAUGGUCUCGAGGUCAACUAAUGACAUCCAAAUGACAAGAAAUGACCUACCGUCAGAGCAACUGAAUGAAGGUGCACCUGAGUAUGCUCCAGGAGGUUUUGCUGAGGAUGAGGAGGAUGAGGAUGAGGAGAGAGCAGUCGUCAGAAAGGAAGCGAAGCGCACAACAUCAUCAACUAUUGUCAAGAUAGAACCCAACCGCACCUCAAAACCCAAGUAUCCACAGGGAGGUCAGCCUAGGAUGGUCAAGAAAGAAAAGGCAAAGAUCGAAGAUCUUCCUGCCGGCAGCUAUGGGCGAUGGCUAACCAAGUUCAUCCCUAGCUGGUGGGCCGUCAUUGGGUCACAAGAAGACUCAUGGAACGUCAGUGAUGGUUUUCAGCUUGCGGGGCAAAUGCAAAAAGUCUGGGAUGAGGUUUACCCAGACAUCCCCCACACCAUUGAGGCUCGUGGCGACACCUUUCAUUUGGCUCAGCAAAAGGUUUACGAAUGGCGUAGCUUCUUUGGAAGCAUAGCGAUUGAUGUUGUGACCGGCUAUUUCAACAGGGAGAACCUUCACACUUCAGAGGCUCGAAAACAGUAUGUUGAAGACGCGCUGGCCCAACCCUAUCUCCCUUUCCGCUACACUCACAUGGAUCGCUCAGUUAACCCUCCAGUCGGGCGUGGCGUCUUCCGAAGCGAUGUUAUCAUCAACACCCUUGCGCUUGCACAUUUCGGUACACUCAGCGGCGCCGUUUCUAUUCCAUUAACAGAGCGGUUACCCAUAGGAGCACUUGCAUUGUCUACUGUGGCGGCAAGUCCUUCCAUUUUCUGUCAAGAUUUCCAUACUUACACCUGUAGUUUGCCCUUACAGGUUGAGCGCGCGUUUCGCUUGUAUAGCACGGGCGAGCUUGUGCAAGAUCCCCACCACAAGUUCUCAGAGCUCAAUUAUGGCGAUGACACCCGUCUCUAUGGGAUCGGAAUUGCCCAGCUGAAAGCUCGUCAUUGGGACGAGAUCAUCCACAAGGCCACGCAAGUCCUGCGCGAUAGCAAGACGAAGACAGAGGCCUUCUUCGAGCACCCCGGGGACGAUCUCUCCAUCACGGACACGCGAGCCGUGAUCCUAUUGUCGGAUGACGAGGACGUGGAAUCGACACCAUCGUCACGCAGCGUCAUCCACAACUCCAGCCGUGUGCAGAGCAUCGAGCCUCGAUCAGAGUCCGAGAUAGAGGAUUUCGGAUCGGAACUUGGCGAGCUAUUCUAG